AUGGCUAGAAGACUUUAUCUCGGCAGACUGCCCCCCGAUUCCCGUGCAGAGGAUGUCUCUAAAUUCUUCGACGGCUAUGGUCGCAUCGUCGACUGCCGCGUGAUGACUGGCUUUGGCUUCGUCGAGUUCGAGAGCUCGAGGGAUGCUGAGGAUGCUGUGCAUCACUUCAAUGGCAAGCCCUUCAUGGGUGCCAAGUAUGCUUGCUUGAUACUAUUCAUUGUUGUUCUGGAGGUUGCUGACUUCUCACGAAGCAUCGUUGUUGAAUUUGCGAAGGAGAGCCGUCCCCGUAGGGAUCCAUACGAGUCCGAACGUGCUCCUCGUGCCAAACGUCCCCCUGGUUUCCGUCUAACUGUCUCUGGAAUCUCCCGUGACACGAGCUGGCAGGACCUGAAAGAUUUCGGUCGCGAAGCUGGAAGUGUGUCGUAUGCCGACAUCGACCGCGACAACCCUGGCGAUGGAAUCCUCGAAUACCUUUCGCGGGAGGAUGCUGAGCGAGCUGUCAAGGAGCUCGACGGCAAGGAUCUUCGUGGUCAGGCCGUCCGUGUCUCCUUGGACCCCGAGCGUUCUGGUCCUGACAACUAUCGUCGCGACACUCGUCGUGACGACCGCCGUGACGAUCGCUACGGAAGAGACGAUCGUUAUGGUAGAGACGAUCGUGCUACCUAUCGCCGAGAGCGGUCCCGAUCCCCUCCUCGCCGCGCCGACUACGACGAUCGUCGACCCCCCAGGUCUCCCCCUCCUAAGAAGGAUGUGGAUGAUAGACGGCCUGCAGGGUACGAUGACCGGCGAGGAGGCUAUUAUGAUGACCGAAGAGGCCCUGACCCUUAUUAUGAUCGUCGCAGGGACGACGUCGAUAAGCGUAGGGACGACCGCCGACGGGACGAGAAGGAUGACCGCUACGACGACAGGCCCCCGAGGCAUUCGAAUGGAGAUAGCGGUUGGACGCGCUGA